AAUAAUUACGAAAAAAUUAUACACUAAUUAAAUUAAAAUAAAAUAAAAUAAAAGUACUUUAAACUUUUUUUUCCUGAAAUAUCCUUAUUAAACCAGACACAUCGAGGACUUCAAAACUAUAUAAAAAGAAAAAGAAAAAAGAAUCAUAUUGCAACCGGAAGUAACUGCAGAGCACAAAUUAAAGUGAUCAAAAUGAAACUGCAAAAUAUUAAUUAAAAUCUGUUACUCAUACUUCUUUAAUUUCCUUUUUAAUUACACUUGACCUACAAUUUAUAGUCAAAAUGAAACUUCUUAUGUUAAAAGUUGCUUUAAUGAAACUUUAUAUUAUAUCAUACUCCCAUUUUUUACUCAUCCAUUUUAAUUAAUCCCUAAAAAAUGGCUCAAGGCAAAUACUUGUCAUCAACAACACUCAUAUUUCUAUUUUUAAUUUCUCAUAAUAUUUUGUUUAUUACAGCCGAAGUUGUACAACCAAUAGUUUAUUCUCCAAAAGAUAAAAAAACUUAUAUUGUUUAUACUAAUAGUUCUGAUUAUGUCAAAAUCUUAGCCUCAGUAUUGGGAAGUGAGGAGGCAGCAAAGCAAGCAAUAUUGUAUACUUAUCAUCAUGUAAUAAGAGGAUUUUCAGCUUCAUUGACUCUUGCACAAGCUGCUCGUUUAUUAGAUCAUGAAGAUGUAUUAAGUGUCAAAGAAAGUGCAACAUAUUACUUGCAUGAUGGAUCUGAAGGUCCAACCAACAAUUAGCAAGGACAAUUGUCAAAUAAUCAAUAAGCUUUUAAAACCUAAUAAUAUUCUUGUAAUCUUAUAGACAUUCACAAAAUAAAGAGGGAAUUUUCAAUUUUUCUCAGCUCUCAAAAGGAGAAUUUUAAAUUUUAAAUCGGGUAAGAAUCACUAUCGACAAGUUUCAGUUGGUAAUCUUAUAGAUAUUCACAAAAUAAUGAGGAAAUUUUCAAAUUUGAAAUGGGCAUGGCCUUUUAUUCUUAGCUAUCAAAAGGAAAAUUUGGAAUUUUAAAUCAGGUAAUAAUCGUUGUCGAUGAGUUUCAAUUAUCAGAGUAUUCAAACCUCUAAGUAAACAGAAGUAAAAUUUUCCUAUUGAUACUACUAGCACUUGUGAGACUGGCUCCCCAAGAAAAAAAAGAUACACUAAAUUUUCUCAAUGAUACUCUAACAAAUUCGAUAAUCGAAUCAAAUUUCAGAUAUUAAUGUUAUUAUAGCACCUUGACUCUAAAAAAAAACUACAACAUUUUAAAAAAUAGUAGAGAUAAAAAAUUUAUUGCCGUAAGCUCCUCACUUCUCGUUUGCUCCCAAAAAAAA